AGCAACAUCUAUGCGGUAAGAGAUGCUAGAGCCAGGUCUGAGCAAUAGAAACCCGUUUUCCACACACAAUGCUGGUCUGAUGAAGAAGCGCCGAUGGGGCGGGUGUUCGGCUUCCAGCUAAUUUGUCUACUUUCUUAUUAAGUCACAAAAAACGAAAACUAAACCAUUUAACCCAAGCCCAUUCCACGCCACUCCACUCCCCCCCACUUCCACGUGGCAAAUCGCCAUCGUUAUUCGUAAUUGCAGCCAUAAAGAAACAUUUUAUUUAUGCCCCUCUGCGCAUGCGCUCUAUUUCCUACUGGAAAUGCAAAUGAUGCCUCAGUUUCAGCCGCAGCCGCAGCCUCAGGUCUGGCUUUGGCUCUGGCUCUGGGUCUGGCUGUGUCUCUGGUUUGGACCCUGGCUUCCUCUCCAAGUUGCAACAAGUCCAUGCGUGAAGCACAGGCCGACAGACAGAGAUUUCUAUCGGUUGGUCGGCGGCCCGGCCUGCCCCGGCAGGUUUCAAUUGCAAAACAUGUUGCCGUUGCCGUUGCUGUUGCGGCAGGUUCGAGUCGCUGGCGGAGUUGGAGUCGCAGAUUCGAUGAGGAGGAAGCUUCCAUAAAACUGUUGCGUUCAUUGGCCAAACUUUCAGUUUCGUUGUUGCCACGCUGGUGGUUGAUUCAAAGAUACAACUCACGUUGCAGAGACACAGGUCCCUGAGUGAAGCCUAAAUCGGAACGAACCCUCUAAGCCCUCCCACACUCGCAAUGCGUCUGUACUGGAAUUUCUUGGCUGUGGCAGUGCUGCUGGUCGCGACCGCCUCUGGCCAGAGACCGGCGAGAUCCUACUAUCGCAGGAGCUACUAUAGUGCCCUGGCCCCGGGAUCCGGCCAGGGCUCGGGAUCAGUGCCAGGACCCAUUCGAUUGGCACCCUCCGGCUAUCUACGCGCUGACCUGCAGACAAACGAGAGCAAGCGCCGGGACGUGACCAAGAAGUAUCCCAAGAAAUCCCACUACAGACCCUAUGGAUCGGAGGAAGAUGACUAUUCCGGAGAGCGCUACAACUCCGCCGAAUACUCGGGCGAGUCGUCGGUCCAAGACAGUCGAGAAUACACCAUCGGCACCCAGAUACGCGUCCAGCAUCCGAUCACAGUCCCCAAAAAGGCUGGCCCCAGCUCCAGCUACGCCAAGCAGCCCAAGUACGUGACCGCCAUUCCAUAUAAGAGCGGAGGUGGAGGCGGAGGAGGAGGAGGAGGAGGAGGAAGAGGCUUUGGCGGAGGCUACUCAUCCGAUGUGCACGUGGGAUCUGGAGAGGAUGUGUCACCACCCAAGCGCUCCAAGUGGACUCAGCUGCAGUACGAGCCAGAGCCAGAUCCUUUCCACCUGGUGCCGCCCCCCAAGGCCACGGCAUCGUCCAGCAGCAACUCCUACAGCGUCUUCGAACCGGAUCACGAUGACUAUGAGGUUGUGCCAGUGCCAGUGUCACGGCCCAAGAGUCAUGACCGCUACAAGAACGUGGCCUCCAAGAAACAGAUCGAAGCCUACCUUGAGGACCAGCAGAAGCUGCUCGACGACGCCAUCAAGCUGCAGCUUCUCAACAAUCCCAAACUGCAGAAGUUCCUCAAGGCGCAGGCGCACGAGCACGAGCACGAGCAGGAGUCCAGGCCCGAUCUCGACAUCGAGGACUUCGAGUCCUAUCCGCCACCCAACUUCUCCGGCCCCGGCCCCCUGCGCAACAAAUACAUCGAUCACCCGCCACCACCUCCGCCCAGAGACACGCGUUCCCGCCGACGUCCGCCCAGCGGAGAUCUGAAACGGCCGCCCAAGUCCAAGACGGUCGUCAAGCCCAAGCGGAAGUACAGAUCCACGGCACUGGUCAUCAACGUGUAGAAAGCUGAGGUAGCAGUUAGUCCUAACACGUGUACUCUAUACUACCUUUAAGUGCGUAGAUUAGUUGUAAUAUAGUGCUGUACAUAAAAAAUACCAUUUAUUUAAUUGUAUCUCUUACUCAGUCAGUCACUGUCCAAUGUUCCAAAAAGCAAAACGACAAAGCUGAA